AUGGGUCGUGUUAAACUCGAGAUAAAGAGAAUAGAGAACGCUGCCAAUCGCCAAGUUACAUUCUCAAAGCGAAGAAAUGGCCUCAUCAAGAAAGCCUACGAGCUUUCAAUUCUUUGUGACAUUGAUAUUGCCGUCAUAGUCUUUUCUCCUUCCGGACGUCUCAACCACUUCUCCGGCAGAAGAAGGAUUGAGGAUGUUUUUACUCGUUACAUUAAUCUUCCUGACCAAGAAAGAGAUAAUGCUGUAAGUUUUCCAGAGCUACCGUACCGCAGGGGUAUUCAGAACAAGGAGGAACUUCAACAAGAAGUUAAUAGGCUACAACAGCAACUUCAAAUGGCCGAAGAGCAGAUAAGGUUAUACGAACCCGAUCCGUUAAAGAUGUCAUCAAUGGCGGAUCUUGAAAAUAGUGAAAAGCAUCUUGUAGAUGUUUUGUCACGAGUCAUACAAAGAAAGGUUGCUAAUAUAUAUGCAACAUCAGAAUACUUAAUGAGCAACCAUCUAUCUUCAUAUGAUCCCUCUGGCAUUCAGGAUGGGAGUCAAAAUCAUGCCCAGAUUUUUGAUGCAUCUGCUCCUUUGGAUCCUCUCAGGGACUUGUCUUCGACUGUGUAUGGUUCAUUUUCGCAAGGGACAAGUUCAAACGCCGAUCCACGUGGCAUAGGAGAGUGCCACGUGUCAAAUCCAAGUGAUGGGAACCUUCAAGCAUGGCCUCAAGGGUACACAUUGUAUCCACAUCAUCACAUUCAGCAUGAGAUUGUGGGACCCGACUUGCCAGAUAUAAUGCCACAUGGACAGGUGAAUAUCCCAAUCACUGCCACACACGUGGAACCACCCAAGAACGAACAUGCAGAAUAUGACCAGUCUAAACAACAACCUCGUCCUCAUCCUUCUCAUCAACCGCAACAGCAUCAGCAUCAGCAUCAUCAGCUCAAUGCCCAAUGA